AUCAGGAGAAAUAUAGAGACACAAACAGAAAGACGUCUCGUCUCGUCGUCAAGAUGGCUUCCUGUCAGGAUUUCGAGGUGACGGUGCACACCUCACCUGGUCUCACCUGUGGGACCUUCAGCCGCCUGUGGCUCAAUCUGAUUGGCUCUGAGGGCGAGACUCCGCCCAUCGCCGUGAACAAGGGCGACUGCCAACUUCUGCCGGGGUCGUCGUGUGCGGUUCUGGUUCGGACCGAGGCUCCUCUGGGUCGCCUGCUCCUGGUCCGGCUCCGUCUGGACGCUCGGACCGGCUUCCCCGACCUGGACUGGCACUGCAGCCGGGUCGAAGUCUGCAGGCCGUCAGAACCAGAGAAAGAUCCAGAACAUCAGGUGUUUCUGUGCGACCAAUGGCUGCGACCAGCAGGGGGCGACGUGGAGCUGCGCAGCGGAAAGUGUGCGUUAACUUUAGAGGAGAAGAGGAAUCUUUCAAAAUAA